AAAAAACACUAAAUAAAUUAGCCGGAGAUAUGUACAUGCACAUACUGGAUGAAUAACCAUGUUCUUUCGCCUGAUCGAUUGAUUGUACACUACACAUGGUUGGGAUCUUAUCUACCUUGUUAAGAAAAGCCACCGACCACCCUUGCCGUUUCUUCUAGGAAACUUACCGUAGUUUUUUCGUUUGUGGGAAAGAUUACUUUUGUUUUGUUACUAAUAUCAUCUGUGCCUAUGAAGUAUCAUAAAUUCAAGUGAUUCUAUUCCUCCUCAAAGCCAUGGUGUAGGUUAGAUACACCUUGUUAAUGUGCUAGUAUUUCAUUGCGAGUUGUGUACACUGUAAAAUCCACUUUCUUUAUAGGCAAUCUUUUCUUUGCUUCCUGGACUUUAGUUAGUUGGAUGGGAAGAUACCUCAUUGAUCUGGAUAAAACAUGGAACAUAUGUAUUCUGUAUUUUCAUUUGUUGCAUAUGUUUUUCCUUUCUGUCAUGAUUUCUAAUCUCAUGCAGGUUUUUGAUCUGAAUAACUCAUGUCUUUUGAAGUCAGCGAGGCAUCAUCCCCUUAUUUCCUCUCAUGCUACUUCUGGUUCAUAUAUUGCAUAAAAUUCCGAGUUUUGUGUGAAUACUUCCUAUCAUGUGGAUCAGUGGUAGUUGGUUUGAUUGGCAAGACUCUCUCAUUUGAGUUCAGAAAUAUUUGUCGCUCGAGUCCUUGGUGUACUGCUUUCCUUGAGUCUUGCCAAGCUUGGUUUCCCAUCAGUUGUGUCUCCUCCAGCUUUCGGUUGGAUCAAUUUUUCGAUCCUCCCUUCAGAACAGUUGUUAUAACAUGAGCUGUCCUACUCUGCUCACACUGCAAUCUUCUGAUGCUCUCUUCUCUGGUUCUUGCUUGUUCUCUUUUGAGCUCCUCUCUCCUUAAGUUUGGUUGAUCUGUAGCCUUGAUUCUGUCUUUUGAGGACAGAAGCAUUCAACUUUCUGGCAAACUUAAUAUUUCCCUGAUUUACUGGUAUUGUUAGUUGCAUUAUCUGGUGAAGCAAUUCUGGUUGUGUUUCACCUCUUGUGUUCUUCUGUUGAUACUGAGCAAAAGAAACCCACUCCGGUGAUGUCUCAAACUUGCCUGCCGCCUGGCUUUCGUUUCCAUCCAACUGAUGUUGAGUUUGUUUCUUACUACUUGAAAAGGAAGAUUAUGGGGAAGAAACUUUUUGUCGAAGCUAUCUCAGAGGUUGAGCUGUACAAAUUUGCUCCUUGGGACCUCCUGAUAAAUCAUAAAUCAUGUCUCCAGAGCAAAGAUCUUGAGUGGUUCUUCUUUUGCCCCCAUGACAAAAAAAAUCCUAAAGGGUCUUGGACGAACCGUACCACACCGAAUGGUUAUUGGAAAACAAGUGGAAAAGACGGAACUAUUGACCUGAACUCUCGCAUUGUUGGGUUGAAGAAAACAUUGAUUUUUCAUGAAGGCAAGGCACCCAAAGGCAAUAGGACUGAUUGGGUAAUGUAUGAAUACAAAAUGGAAGAUGAAACCUUGGUGUCUACUGGUUUCUCAAAGGAUGCUUAUGUACUCAGUGGGCUUGGCCCAAGGAUUGGUGAGCAAUAUAGGGCUCCUUUUGAUGGAAAUGAAUGGGAGAAUUUAGAUGUUGGAACUUAUAUCUUGUCUUUUGCACCAUCGUCAGGUGUAGAGGAUUCACAGGUCGAAAGUUCUGCUUGGGUUACUGCCAUAGUUAUUCGGGAACCAUCCGCUCCUCAGCAGUCUGUUCAAUUUUCUGAACAUGUUAAUAUCUGUUCUGAUGAGGUUGCUGGCUUAACUUGAUUACUCUCUUGGCUAAUUGUGCUGACGGGAAGUUGUGUUUUUGCUCCAGUGGACAUAACGAAUCCCGGGCAACCGUGGAAGCGAGGAUUGACAUGCACAAGGGGGUCGAUGCGAUGCUGCAAGACUUGGUUUCUGUGACGGUUGCGCAAAACAUGUUCUUGUUCUCAUAGCCUCCUGUUAGUAGCAGCCAACACUCAGGGCAAUCAUCUCCGUUAAAUUGGUUGCUGAAGAUAAGGACGUCGUCGGCGAGUACAAGCAUGGAUGGAUGAAUUCAUCGGCAUAGUUAAUUAGGUUCCUUAUUUCUUUUCCAGCAGAGAAGAUAUAUAGAUUGAGCUAUGUUGUGGAACCAUCCAUUUUCUUUUGUUUUAUGUCGUGGAAGGAACAAACAUAUGGUGUAAAAUAUAUGAAUUCCCAAGAGCUUGAUUCUAUGUUGAUUUGGAAAUGCAUGGAUGAAUAAACCAGGACAUGUUAUUCUUGUGAACAAA